GCCAAGAAACAUGGCGUCUUCAAAUGUUGAUUUGUGUCAUCUUGUAACUGAAAAUGGGGUUAAUUCUCUGCUUAAUACCCUUGUUUAUGGCGAUAGAAAGUUCCUUGUGUGGACUAGACUCUCUUUGGAGAACAGAUCGUGGGUUUUAAAUGCAAGUGAUGGAGUCGAUGUCUGGAAAGUGGAAAUGGACAAAGAACACAUUGACUCCUAUAGAGUAAUUGCUCAAACCGAUACGUGUGAAGCUUUCCUUACAAAGAUAAGGUCAGAUUUUCAUCUUGGCCAUCUCAUGAUAAACCCYGAGGCAUCCAAAGUCCUUCUCAUGGUUGGAGCAGCAGAGUCUGURAUAAGAAUAGAUCUAUAUGAAGCAAGUACUGAUGACAGAAAGGCUGAGCUGCAACAUCUUAUUUUAUGGAUGGCUGAUAAUAUAACUACMCUAACUGAUAGACUCAAAGCAACCACAGAAAGUCUAGACAGGCUAAAAACCCAGAAAGAAACAAAUCCUAAUGUGUCAACUAGUUUUGAUCUGCCACCAAAGCAAAUUCAAGCUACYCCAGUCAAGAGGAAGCCUGGUUAUAGUUUAGUCAAUCCUGGAAGUCGAAAUUUACCAGCAGAUUUAAACGCACCAACUGACGGCGAAGAGCCGACAACACAUAUUUCCGUUCUUUCUGGUUCUAACAUGCUGGAUGUGUUUCGAUGUCCUGAUCCUUCUCGCUGUCAUUUCCCGUGUACRAAGAGCAACAGACGAUACCACUGCCCGCUUUGUGAUAACAAACCACAAAAACCUGGUCGAAUGCGCAGGCAUUUCUUCACCAUGCAUGCUGGCAGACAUGUUGUUGAGCAUGACGGUUUUCGCAUUCUUCGUUGUAAGCUAAAAUGUGUUCGAGCUAACGGGCGUAUUACGGACUGUUCUCACUAUCACUGCUGUUUGUGUGGACGCGUUUGUCUGCGCAAAGUACAUCUUUGUUGUCAUCUUCAAGCUCACGCACUGGGCACGGCUAAAGAUGUAGACGACGAUUUAAUGGACGUUUCAAAGGCUGACGAGGAGCAAGAAGAAGAAGAACAAGAAGAUGACGAAGACGAUGAGACAACAGAGGACACUGUGUUACAGACAUCACAAAUGGCUUGUCCUGUAGACGAUGCUGAACAAAAUAUGGUGACUCUUGCUGAUGGAACCCAAGUAGUCUACGUACAAUCGAUGGAAAAUGGUGAAACGCUUACAGUUGUUCCAGUCAGUAGCCAGUCCAACACCACUCAGUUAUCGACYGCUGGMCAGUUAAAUCCAAGUCUGCAUGUUCUCGCAUCAUCCCAAGCAAAUAACGGUAUUCAGGACUUAACUGGAAUCUCUCAUGACGGCGACGGACAAGACUUGGAAACCAUCCUCCGCGAKGAAGGAAGUCGUGAAAUUGGUUCUGCUGGGCCGGCAGCACCGACCAACACAUCAGCAAUGUCCACAUUUCAUACUUAUACAUCACAGAUCUCUGAACCACAACGACAGCUUGGCUUUGAUCAGUCAUUUAAUGACCUCACCAACGACCAGUCAAACCCUAAUCAUGGCAACAUAGUUGUUUACGAGGGCAAUCAAGAUCCUACAAGACUUAAAACUAAUAAUUUAACCAAUGUACCUUGCGAACUGAAUACASAGGAUCCUAUUGAAUUGUCUGGUGUCAAUAACAGUUUGAAUCUGAACGAUCUCGUGUCCACAACACCUGGAACAGCCGUACCUUCCAUGCAGUCAAAUCCUACCAUGUCCACCCCUCUUAGUAGCCAGGCUUUGGGUACCCCUCUCAGGAAYGAAUCUUUGAUCACCGGUGACUCUCAGCUCGGUCAGACACCGUCAAAUGACCAAACKCCAAGUAAUAACAAAGGCUCAGAUUGUAUAGUGCUUCUUAAGGGUGACCAAGAGAACCAAGGUGACGAUACUGUGUUUAAUAAACUGUUCUCUAAUACUAAACCUCGCGUCGACAGUAUCUUUCAGCAUCCGUCCGUUAUCCCUGAAGGAACCAACUUAGAGGUUCCAAGAUGUAAAAAUACUGAAUGUGACUGUAGACUUUAUCAUUGUCCAUUGUGCACGUGUUUACCGAACAAACCAGGAAGAAUACGAGAACACUUCAGGAAAAUACACUCGGAAAAUUUAAUYAUCAGAUAUCAAGGCUACCAGAUGCUAAGAUGUAAACUAGGGUGCUGUCGUUCAACUGGUAAACGAAUCCUUAAUUCUCAUUAUCAUUGCUGUCUUUGUGGUUGUAUUUGUAUCAGCAAGUCAGGGGUCUAUGAACACAUGAGAACUCAACAUGCAGACGUUUCACUUAAAAAAGAUACGGACUCCACACAACUUAACGCUGAAAAACGCAAGUCAACAGCAACACUAACACCACCAAUGCAGAAGAAACAGGCUAUGGAUGCUGGUCAGCCCGAUCCUAAACCUGCAGAUGAACCUUCUCAACGAACACCGUUAGUUGUACAAAUCCCUUCUGUAAGAAAUAACCAACAAAGAGUUUCUGGUAAGCUGUAUUGCCUUUUUCAAGAUACGGACUCCACACAACUUAACGCUGAAAAACGCAAGUCAACAGCAACACUAACACCACCAAUGCAGAAGAAACAGGCUAUGGAUGCUGGUCAGCCCGAUCCUAAACCUGCAGAUGAACCUUCUCAACGAACACCGUUAGUUGUACAAAUCCCUUCUGUAAGAAAUAACCAACAAAGAGUUUCUGGAAUUGAACAACACGGAGAAAGUCAAGUCAAUCAACCAGCUAACGAUUCUAACACAUCGUCAAAUCAACCACAACAACAACAACAACAACAACCAUUAGUAAUCGUGAUGCCCCAACAGAUUCAAAACACUACACAGGGACAAAAUCAACAGCCAAUAGUCAUUGUCAUGCCUCAGGGGGGUAGUGGUGGGGGUGUACAGAUGGCACAACCGUAUGUGGUGUCCAUGCCCCAAGCAGCUAACAACUAAUGCAUGAUAUAUAUCAGAGCUUUUUUUAUAAACAAUGUUAAUAUUUUCAAGGAAUAUUUAUGAAUAGAAAUUGUCCUUUAAGUAUUUAGUCAGAUAGUUACCAUGGGAAAGAGAUAUUUUCUUCAUAUCCCCAACUGAUACAUUUUGUACUAUAARAUUGACGGAGACGCGCCGUAUUUUCGAGAACGGCUUGUAUUUGAGAGAGGCGUUUAUUUACAAUAUGUGGCAUUAUUUAAGUAUGGUUAUUCGAGGGCGUUGUAAAUACAUGUAAAUAUGGUCCGUGUACCAAUAGGCAACGUAAAUCUCAUAAAUGUUACUGUUCUAAACUUAUAAUUUUGAAGAAUAGCUUUUAAAUAUCAAGAAAUUAAAACAAAAACAAAACAAAAAUAAUAAUAAUAAUAAAAAUAAAGAAAAAUGAUGUUGCCGUAUCCGAAAACUCACAAAUUUGGCCUUGUUCCACGCAUCAUGGCGUACCUCGAAAAAUUUUCGAUAAAAAAUCUGACGUGUCGAACUCAAUACUGGGGUCCUGAACGGAACAGCGUACUUUGAAAUGAACUUCAAAUGAUGCUGCCUGGUUUAAACGUGAAUCUCAAAUGUAGCAUACUCAAUGCAAAUUACUUCGAGCCAUUGUUUCUUCUAUUUAGUGACACACGUGUGAGUUUCCACGUUUGACGAACCAAGCUAUGGUUACGCCAUGAGAAUCCUUUUUUUGCCAGUACUGUAAACUUCUCCAGUUAGCUAUUAGGGGKACGAAGCCUAGUCCAAGUAGGAAAAACAUGAUAGUUUCUAUCCAAAGUUUGGAUUAAAUAAGAAGCAACACGUUUUACCAAAACAAUAUUUCUUAAUAAAAAUAAUGAUAAUGUUGCGGUUCAUGAAACAAGCACAGCUACUAUGUAAAACAGAAUAUGGAUGUUUUCUCUACUUGGACUAGUCUUCAUCAGCGUUAGUGUACAAGAAACUGUCAGACAGGCAUAGCUUAGCAAUCAUUUGAAGAGAAGUUAUGAAAUCAAGUAAAAGUAUAAAACAGAUUAACAAAUUAAAACAGUUUAAACUCU